AUGAAGGAGGAGAGGAGGAGGAAGAAGAAGAAGAAGAAGAAGAAGAAGAAGAAGAAGAAGAAGAAGAAGAAGAAGAAGAAGAAGAAGAAGGGGAGUAAGGAGCAUGACGAAGGAGAUGGAGGAGUAGAAGGAGAGAGAGGUGGUUGCGGAGUGUUGAUAGCAGCGGGUAUUCUCGGUCUGGGAAUGGCAGGAACAGCAGGAACACCAUCCGUUAAAUUGCUUGAACUUACUAGCUAG